GUCUGAUCAACAGAAAUCCCCACUUUUCGUCGUCAGCGCCACCAGUACUCGUCAUCAGCGACGCCGCCCAGCACAACAUCCAUUCACAACCGUCGUUGAAAUUUAAGGAAAAAAGUCAUAGUCGUAUGUCGUCCACAAUUUACAAUCACCGAAGUCUCCAGCCCUCGGGCCCCUCAGCUCCUGGCCCUAGCCAACCGAUCAAUCCCAAUCGUUUGAACGAAUCGUUUGAAGUCAUCAGGCAGGAAUUCGAUCUGUUGGCCACGGAACUAGGCGUCGCACGCACCCAGAGAGACGAGUUUGAGAACAAGGUAUCAGGACAAGUCAAUGAACUCAACAUCAUUCGGCAGUCAUUGUAUGAUCUCGAGGCGCAACACGGCAAAAUUCGCAAACAGUACGAAGAGGAACUUUCUCGAACCCGCGCUGAACUCCAUGCGCUACGUCAAAACCUCCCUCCGCACGCAACGACGCCUCACCCUCAGGUGGCACCGGGUCCCGGCCCUACCACCAUAGGUCCCGGUCGUCCUUUCGACCCAUUUUUCAACCGUCCUCGAGAUAGCAGGGAUGGCCUCCCUGACCGCGAUCCUCUCGAUCGCGAAAGUCAGCGCGAACGAGAGCGGUUGAUGGACCAGCGGGACGCGAAACGCCUGAAAGCUGACCGAAUGAAGCCUGAACGUGGAGAUAUGUAUAGCCCUUCGCUUCCCAACAUGCCAAAAUUACCACCACCGGGGCAAACUAUGUCUGGUCCAGGAAUUCCGUCUAUGCCAUCUCAGGGAUUACGGCCACCGUCAGCCGCUGCGUCACCUAUGGUACUUGAUCCGCCGAACGUCUCGUCGGGGUCCCUUCUACCCACCAAUACCAGUGGUACGGGGAGUUUCCUCGACGAUAUUGACCCACAAAAUGUCCCUCAAGAAUUGAAGAAGGAGGGUAGUGACUGGUUUGCGCUUUUCAAUCCCAAAGUGAAAAGGGUUUUAGACGUCAAUCUGGUGCAUACUCUGAUGCAUGAAAGCGUGGUUUGUUGUGUGCGCUUCUCGGCUGAUGGCAAAUAUCUCGCGACCGGCUGUAAUCGAACCGCUCAAAUUUAUGACACGAAGACCGGAGCGAAAACUUGCGUUCUCCUUGACGAAACUGUCGGCAAGGCGGGGGAUCUAUAUAUUCGGAGUGUGUGCUUCAGUCCCGACGGGAAAUACCUGGCGACAGGCGCCGAAGACAAACAGAUUCGAAUCUGGGACAUUGCUAAAAAGCGAAUCCGCAACGUCUUCGAUGGCCAUCAGCAGGAAAUAUACUCGCUUGACUUCUCUCAAGAUGGCCGACUGAUCGUCUCAGGCUCGGGCGACAAAACUGCGCGGAUUUGGGACAUGACGGAUGGCACAUCCAAGGUCCUUACCAUCAAUGACCCUGAUUCGUUGAAUAAUGACGCGGGCGUGACAUCUGUGGCGAUAUCGCCAAAUGGACAAUUCGUUGCCGCAGGUAGCUUGGACACGGUAGUGCGGAUAUGGGACGUGGCCACGGGAACGUUGUUAGAGAGGUUGAGAGGUCAUCGGGAUAGCGUGUAUAGUGUGGCCUUUACUCCUGACGGGAAAGGCUUGGUUAGUGGAAGUUUGGACAAGACGUUGAAGUACUGGGAUGUCAGUGGCCUGAGUGCUUCCGGAGUCAAAUCCAGGAAGGAAGGUGCGAACGGCAGUUCCGUAAAUGGACCCGGUGUACUGGUAAGGAAGGAGAGUGAGAAGGCGAGCAGCCAGUGCACGAUGAACUUCACCGGACAUAAGGAUUAUGUUCUUUCCGUGGCGGUUUCGCACGAUGGUCAAUGGGUUGUUUCGGGAUCUAAGGAUAGAGGGGUGCAGUUUUGGAAUGCGCAGACUGCUUUAGUGCAGUGUAUGCUUCAGGGACACAAGAAUUCUGUCAUCUCGAUAGAUUUGAGUCCAUCGGGGAGUGUUCUUGCGACUGGGAGUGGGGAUUGGCAGGCUCGGAUAUGUGAGUUUUCUCUUUCGUUGUCAUGUAAGUUAACUGACAAAUAUUCCAGGGAGUUAUACCACUAAUUAAGCAUGGACGUCACGUUUUCUCGCUAUCGUUUGUCUGCUGUAUAUUCUCUUCCAUGUCCAUGUAUGAUGUACGACCUGUUUACUUACCUUCUUGGUGUACCCGCCGAGAUAAUGAUCCCCUUCUCCUUGUGGUCAUGUUUUCUAUGGAGUAAAGAGAGGGAGUCGGCUUGUAUUGGUAGAAUUUGUUGAGAUUUGUGAAAUAAUGUUUACAAUAGAAGAAAUUUUUUUGACACCUG